GUUGUGCACACUUCCUCCAGUCGCUCUUAUAAAAGUUAGCCAUUUUUUUGAUCUAACUAGUCUGCGUUUCCACCAUGCACGCGCGCACUUCAGCGGGUUUAUUCUCGGCCCUGCUUGUCCUCGUGCAGUACUGUGCGUGUGUUCACACGGAGGCUGUGGAGUUGCGCCCCGGUGCCAGUCAUCCCACAUCACCGGCCUCGCUAUCACACACCUUCGCCUCAUCCAGCACCAAGCGCUUCCCAAGAGCAAGCAAGGACUCCGUAGAGCCUCACGAGUACAUGCUUUCCAUCUAUAAGACUUUUUCGGCUGCUGAGAAACUUGGACUGAACGCGAGCCUUUUCCGUUCAUCUAAAGCCGCAAACAUCAUCACAAGUUUUGUGGAUAACGGACAAGAUGACUCUCCAAACUCUGCACUAUGGACACAGAAGUAUCUUUUUGAUAUCUCAACACUUUCUGAUAAAGUCGAGCUGCUGGGUGCCGAACUAAGAGUCUACACAAAAGUCUCUGGACACUUCCCAACAUCUGAGGCAGGUCCCAUGGAGAUUCAGCUUCUUUCCUGCCAGACUCACAAACUUCUGGAUUCCAAAAUCUUAGACUUGCACGACUCUCACACAGCAAGAUGGGAAGUCCUAGAUGUGUGGGAAAUCUUUGCAGAACGGCAUUUGCACACACAAAGGAACUUCUUCUGUCUGGAGCUCAAGGUUUCCCUCGACAAGCCUGAGAGGGAAAUCGACUUACGGUAUCUUGGAUUUCACAGAUACGGGCGCCCACAACGGAAGAAAGCCAUAUUAGUGGUGUACACCAAGUCAAAGAAGAGGCAGAGCUUGUACUAUGAGAAAAAAGGGACAAUUAAAUUGGACCCUGACCAGGCUGGAAAGGAGAAAGUCCCUCGCGUAAAACCUCAGCGGAAGCGUCGGACAGCAUUAACCAACCGUCACGGCAAACGGCAGGGCAGAAAGUCCAAGUCUAGAUGCAGCAAGAAGCCACUGCAUGUCAAUUUCAAAGAACUGGGCUGGGAUGACUGGAUUAUCGCUCCUUUGGAUUAUGAGGCAUACCAUUGUGAGGGGAUCUGUGACUUUCCACUUAGGUCUCAUUUGGAGCCCACUAAUCAUGCCAUCAUACAGACUUUGAUGAACUCUAUGAACCCCAGCAACAUGCCACCCAGCUGCUGUGUGCCUUCCAAACUUAGCCCAAUCAGCAUCUUGUACAUUGAUGCUGGGAAUAAUGUAGUAUACAAACAGUAUGAGGACAUGGUGGUGGAGUCAUGUGGAUGCAGGUGACUGAUGGUGUUCCUCAAAAUUAAGAGUCCAAAUACUUAGUCAUGCCUCUAAGAUAAAUGAGUGGAGAGUUAAACAUUAGAGCAAGAGAAAGAUUUUGUAGACCAGUCAUCAGUAGCUAUGGGAUUCAAUAAUGAAACUGUUUGAUUCAAUCUGAAGCCAUUAUUGUAUCAUAUUUUGGGUUGAAUAUUAGUCUUUACAAAAGACAAAUAUGGAUAAAGAGAGAUCAUUUUCAAGGUAAUUCCACUUCCUCAUACAUUUAGUCUCACGCUAUAAGAUAUUAAUUAAAAUGCCUCAAAUAUAGUAUCCAUCAUUUUGUAAAUAACUUGUACAGUUAUUGAUUUCAUGGUCAAUUUACAAUUUUUCAUUUUAAUUUAUACUGUAUUCUAUUAAAUUAUUUUAACCAUUUAUAUUGGUAUAACUUUGUUUGUAAAACCUGUAUUUUAUAGAUUGGAGUUGUGUAUCUACCUCAUUGAACAGCUUUUUAAAUGUUCCUAGAUAUAUGAAUGUGAGGAAGAUUUAUUUCAACAUCCCUGUAAAUACUGUAGCCAAAUGUGGAAGCUUUAUUCUCAUAAUAAAAUGCUAUUUAAAAAUAAAUGUGUUAAUAAUUCAGCCAGCUUUUUUUAAUAGGAAGUGGUGUUAAAUAGAAGAACUGACAAGUAAAC